AUGUCCACAGACGCUGAAGAAGGGAAGAUCGAAGAGAGAGCGGAGAGAGAGGAGCAGAGCGAUGCGAGGAAGGAUGGGGGAGAAGGAGAGCGGAAAGAGGAGGGAGAAGCCCAAGCAGGAGAUCCAGAGAACGGAGAUCUGCAGGACGGUACGGCUGCGGGUGCUGAAGACGAAGGCGCGUCGGCCAAGGAGAGUUUGUCCCUGGAUCGCGAAGAGGAGAAGGAAGAAGAUGGACCAGACGGUGAAAGACAGCAUCCGACGAGGCGCAACAGGUUGAAGACGAAGCUUCAGAGUCUCGUCCUCCUCUACCAGGAGCUCCUCCUCCAAACCAAGGACAAAUAUCAGGAGACAGUCUGGGGGAAGGAGACUGGCAAGAUGCAUUGCGGGGAGGGAGCGAUGCAGCAGCUCGAGCUCCUCAUCGAUCGCAUGGAAGGAAGCUCGUUCCAUACCCAGGAUGCGGCGCAUUUUCUACGAAGGAGGGCGGAAAUAGAAGAGACUUACGCGAGAUCGCUUCGAAGAUUGUACGAAGAGUCUGCUGAAUCGAAAGUCCUGUCGUUUCGUAGUCUCAAGAACAAGUUGACCCGAGCUGGGCAAAUGCAGCUCGACUCUGCAGUAAGCUUGAAAAAGGCGAACGAUGAAAGUGAGCAGAGGAGAAAGGAGGUAGAGCGAUUCACUCAAAGAGCGGCGAAAGAGCUUCGAGAGACACAGAAGAAGUACGAGCACUGCGUUGAAACUAUGAAGACCAUGGAAGUCAGCGCUGGCGUGCAAAGCGUUUCCCCGAUACAGAAAAAGGGAAGCGCGAUCCUCUCGCUGUUCAAAAAGUCCUCCUCCUCCAGCGCGGAGGCCGUCGAGAAUGCCGUGAAGGAGUCAGAGAGAAAGUAUUCCGCCGCCAAACUUUCCUUCGCAAGCUCCUUCCCGUCCACGAUCGACCAGUUGCGCAAGUGCGAGCAAGACAGGAUCGAAGCGGUGAAGCAUAACCUCGACGAGUUCCUCAACGUCGGGCUGGGAGCGAUGCAGGCGGUUCAAAACUUGUUCUCUCCUGCAAUGGUGAAGAAAAUCUUUGGAGAGACCAAGACCAGCGAUUCGUAG